AUGUUUGUCCUAUUUUGUAUUACGGCGUUGCUUUGCGCCAUUAAUUACGCCCACGCUAAUAUGGAUGGGGGCCCUGGUCUAUGGUUUGUCCACGGAAUAAAUAAUUGCGAUGAAGAACUGCCACGAGUCGCCGCCAACAUCACGGUCAACAAGCACAAACUGAAUCGUACGCAUGACGUAUAUGAUGCAGCAUUGGACGUGUAUGAAACCGUAGGCGAUGGCUAUGGGAUUUUAAUAGACAUUUGCAAGCACACAGACGGUGGAUGCAAACAAGUUCAAGUUGUCACAGACAAUGAUAUAGGAAUGUUUGCCGAGAAAUAUGCCAAAGACAAUAUGGAAGUAGCUUUUAGUAUGGGAGGAAUCGAUCCUCCACGUUUUCCUGUCCAACCGGGUUCCUACAAAAUCGAGGACUUCUACUUCGACCACUGUGAAAUGCCAGAGGAGUCCAUAUACGGGGAGUUCACCGGUGACGCAUUUAUCGUGAAAGAUAACGUCCGCGUGGCGUGUUUCAGGGCACACGUCGAGUUUAGGGAGGAAGAAGACAACAUUUGUAACAGGGGAUAA